GAAUCAAACCCAAAUAUAUUUUUUUCACCAUAUUAAUAAAUAAAUUAUUAAUUGAACUAACAAGGUUUAGUGGCACAAUAAGGAUUAGUGAGUUAACUAAGAAGACACGUAGGAUGACAAGCUGGCGGAUGAGGAAAUAAAUUAAUCUGUUAGGAGAAAGCUGAAAAUUUCCAGAUUUAGCAAACAAGCGUAAGCUUCUGCUGGGUUGAGAAGUUGUGCCUUUCGACGAAGAGGCCAUGAUUGAAGCACAGUGGAUCCUCACCUCCUCGCUGCUUCACCAAGCUCCAAACGUGGGGCUGUUCGCUAAGCAAUCGCCUUCUUUUUUUUUAUAUGGAUUCUCACCGGUGAGAAUGGCGAUCAGCGUUGAGGUCGCCGGUAAAGGGAAGAUCUACCGGCGCAAUGCUGGUAAAGGCACAAUCGGUGGAAGAAUUAAAGAGGAUAUAUGAUUCUAUUUCUAAUUGCAUCAAAUCCUAUCCUACUGAAAACGGGCGACUUAGAAUCGCUUCGUUUACUAUCAAGGUCGACGCCCCACAAGUUGAGGUAACAAAUUAUCUAGGUUAUGUUCGAUCUGAAGAAAAGAAGAGUGUAGGCGAUCUGCACGAUAGGUACACACUGCGCUCCGUUUGGGCGUGAGGGGAAGAACUAAGAAGGGAUCGCAACAGCAAGGAGAGACCGAGGAUGGGAGGCCAGAACCGUGCGCCGCAGAAGCUCGUCGAGUCAUCUUUGCGCGAGGAGGAGGAGGGUGGACGGAAAGAGCUGCGGCUACUGGAUGCGAUACAAGGAAAGCUCGCCGCAUCUGCGCGUUACCGGAGGAGGAGGACGAUGGCUAAGGCGUGAGAACUGAGAAGCAAGCAACGGCGCUACGAAGAGGAAGACAAUUUUCACAUUAUUGCCAGAUAAAAUGAAAAUUUUGACUAUUAUUUUAUUAAGCAAAAUGAGGCUUCCAAAUUGAAGACCAGCCAUAAAUAGGAACAAAUUUUAAAUUUUUUUAACCAUUUAUUUAAUAUUGGUAAUGGCGCACGUCUCGGCGACACUCGAGAGCCAUCCCUCGCUCCUUCCCUUCGCUCCGGCUUCCAAAUCGGAUCGCGGACCCUCUUCGAGUCUACAAGGCGACGACCCACCCCGAUCGCCUCCUUUAAAGAAAGAGAGCGAAGACGAUCGCUUGAGGGCUGUUCCAGGACAUACUUGGGGUUGGAGACCCGGAGGAGCGCCACCGGAGGGAGCGAGGGAGGUCAAGCUGAUGACAUUCUUGACGAGAUUGUGGUAGAGGAAGCGGCGGUGGAGCAAAGCUUGCAUCGGAAUUCGGCAUGGCGCUUUUCCUGCUCAAGUUCUUCUUCGGCCUCGCUGUCUUUUGCGCCGUCGGAUGGGUCUUCACCGUAUUUCUUUUGAGGUUGUUAGCACUGAUAUUGAACAAAACGGCUGGAAUAUCAGUGGCUUUCCAAGUUGCUGGAUGUAAUUGUUUGAAGGAUGUCUUUGUGACAUUCAAAAAGGGUGGCAUCGAAUCCAUAUUGAUUGGUGAAAUCAAACUUACUUUACGCGAAUCACUGUUUUCAAAAGACCAGAAAUUGCAGCUGUUAAUAUCUGACUUGGAAGUGUAUUUAUGUUCCCCUGCAAAAGGUACCAAGAAGAGUAAAUCUCGAAAUCGAAGUUCUCGAUCCUUAGGGAAAGGAGCAUGGACAUUCUUAUAUAACAUCGCAAGAUUUCUUGCAGUGUAUGUGACAGAAAUUAAUUUGAAGGGGCCGAAAUCUGCAGCUCAAGUAAGGGGACUGAGACUGGAUGCAUCAGUAGAUCAACAAUCAAAGUUUAGUUUUAAUCCCAAACUUCAAAUUGCACAUUUUGGUUUCGAUAUAUCAUCAGAGCCUGAUCUUGGAGAGCCAUCCAGUCUGACAUUAGAAAGGUUGAAUAUGCCAGUGGAAACAAAGUUCUCUCCUUUCACUUGUGAAGAUUUCUCUCUCAUCUGUGAGCUUUCUUACAAAAGGGAAGUUGGAGUCAAAUUUAGUAAUUUGGAUGUGUCAUGUGGAAUGAUUGGCAUUAACUUGAAGGAAAGCCUAUUCAUUAAAACCAAGAGAGAGUCCAAAAGCUCAGUUGGUCUUGAUACGAGCAAAGAAUGUGCUUCGGAUAUUAGCUCUGUAAAGUCUGAAAAAAGUAAAUCUUCAACAUCAACAAUGAAGAAACAUGUUCUUGCAUUUCCAGAACAGGUUAGCUUCAACAUUAAAGAGCUAGAUGUGAUGUUUAUGCACCAAGGUCAGGGCAUUGUUGCAAAGAAUACAGUGACUGACAUCCUGCUGAGAAGUGUUAAAACUCUGUCAUAUGAUGAUGCUGGAGAGGCCACAUCACAUUUUUCACUCAAUUUGGAGUUUAAUCAAAUUCAUCUACUUAAGGAAGGGGUUACUUCAGUGUUGGAGAUUUCAGAAGUUGCAAUUAUAGCUAGAGCUGAUGUUCCAAUGCAACCUCUACCUAUUAGUGCUGAGGUUGAUGUCAAGAUAAGCAGCACUAGGUGCAAUCUUAUUGUCAGCAGAUUAAAACCAUGGAUUUGUCUUAAGUCGGGUAAACAAAAACCGAUGGUUCUUCGUGAGGAAAGUCCUAACCAAGAAAAUAAACCAAAGGAUAAGAUGGCUACUAUUAUGUGGAAAUGCACAGUUUCUCUACCAGAGAUUACUAUUAUGAUUCAUAAUAUCGAUGAUUCUCCUUUAUUCCAUGGAUGCUUUCGAUCCUUUCAUCUUUUUGCAAAUAACAUAGAAAGUAAGAAACUUGAAGUGCAUGCUGAACUUGGUCAAUUUCACUUGAACACAGAAGAUGUGUACCAGCAAUCUUUAGAAAAGAAAUUGAUAGGUGCAGAUAUUAAAUCAAGCUCAUUAGUUCAGAUUGAACAAAUGGUUCUUGAUUUUGGUAAUAAGGAAAUGGAGUCCCAGGAGGGGCAAGAGGCGAAGAAGCUAAAGUUGGUUCUGGCUGUUGAUAUGAUGGGUAUGAGUGUGUUCUUUGGGUUGAAUCAUGUUGAGAGACUCAUAAAGAUGGGAAUGUCUUUUAAAGAACUUCUGAAAGAUUUAUCUUCCUCUAGUAAAAAAAUUGGUCAAGAUAAGGCCAAAAAACCUUUUAAGAAAGAUACCUCAAAAGGAAUCAACAUUGUAAAGUGUAGUCUUCAGAGAUUGUUGGUUAAGUAUUCUGGUGAAACAAGUCUAUCAGAUAUGACGGUUGCAGAUCCUAAGCGUGUUAAUUUUGGAUCUCAAGGUGGCCAGGCAAUAAUAUCAGUUGGUGCUGAUGGGAAACCUCGUGAAGCAAGCAUAACAUCCUUGAGCUCCAACGGUUGCGAGCUCUUGAACUUCUCCACCUCUGUUGAAAUCCUUCAUCUUCGAUUUGUUUUCAACAAGGAAAAACAGUCCAUGCAGAUUGAAGUUGAUAGCACUAACUCAUUCUACUCUGAAUAUACAGAAGAGCAGAAUCCUGGUACAGAAAUAACACUGCUUACUAUGCAGAAAGCAAAGUUUGUCCGUCGUUCUAGUGGACAUAAUGACAUGGUUUUAUGUUCUCUCCUAAAUGUGUCUGAUUUAUCCAUCAGGUGGGAGCCUGAUGUUCAUUUAGCAUUGCAAGAAUUUGCUAUGAGUUUGAAAUACCUGAUGUCUAAUCAGAAGAAUCAUAGCACUGACCAUCUAAUGAAGGCAGAAGCAAUUGAUACAGCACCUAUACCAAGCAAGGAACUAAUUUCUGACAAAAGCCCAACUGAAAAAGAACAAAAAAAGAGAGAUUCAAUAUUUGCCAUUGAUGUGGAAAUGUUGAAAGUAUCAGCUGGGCUUGCAGAUGGUGUGGAAACAGUAAUGCAUGUACAGUCCAUCUUCUCUGAAAAUGCAAAAAUAGGUGUUCUAUUUGAAGAAGUGAUGGUUUCUUUCAACGAAGCAAGAAUCUUUCGAACUAGUCGCUUGCAGGUUUCUCGCAUUCCAGCAUCCUCCAUACAAAACCUGCAAGAUUCAAAAUCACAAAUGGCCACUGCAAGGGAUUGGGUAAUUAGAAGCCCUGAUAUUUACAUCUGCAUGCCAUAUAGGCUGCAAUUACGUGCUAUUGAUGAUACAGUUGAAGAUACACUGAGAGCCCUAAAGCUUAUUUCUGCUGCUAAGUUGGAGAAAAUAAUAAAUGGAAAGAAGAAUAGCACCAAAAAAUCAAAGUCCACAUCAAGUUUUUUUUCAGUGAGAUUAAUUAUUCGGAAGUUAACAGUGGAAAUUGAGGAGGAACCCAUCCAGGCCUGGCUUGAUGAACAUUAUCAGCUGAUGAAGAAGGAGGUUUGUGAGGCAGCUGUUCGGCUCAAGUUUCUAGAUGAGCUUCUACCAACUAUAGCUUCAAGUACCCCAGAGCCUAAUAACCUAGGCGCUGAUAAAAAAAUUCAUUAUAAUGGAAUGGAGAUAGAUGCUUCUGAUGCUUCAUCUGUUGAACUUCUGCGAACAGAGAUCUCUAAGAAUGCCUUUCGAUCAUAUUAUGAGGCAUGCCAAAAGAUAGAAACCUCAGAAGGCUCUGGUAUUAAUACCUUUGGGUUUCAAUCAGGGUUUAAACCCAGUAUUCAUAGAGUUUCUCUCAUGUCAGUUUGUGCAACAGAGCUAGAUGCAACUCUGACAAGGAUCGACAGUGAUGUGAUGCUUGAGUUCUUAAAAAUGGCUGACCCCAUCUGCUCUGAGAAAGAUAUACCUUUCUCCAAAUUGUAUGGCUGUGAUAUUGAUCUAAAUGCAGAAUCCUUAGCAGUGAAAAUUAGGGACUACACACACCCACUGUUUUAUGGAAGUUCUGCUAAAUGUCAAGGACGUGUUGUGGUAGCACAACAGGCAACUAGUUUUCAGCCACAGAUUUUGCAAGAUUGUUAUGUUGGAAGACGGUGGAGAGUUCGUAUGUUACGCUCAGCUGGUGGUACAACUCCUGCAAACAAAGUUUACCUUGAUCUGCCAAUUAAUUUUCAAAAAGGGGAAGUGUCAUUUGGAGUGGGAUAUGAGCCAGUUUUUGCUGAUAUCAGCUAUGCAUUCACAGUAGCUCUUCGUAGGGCUAAUCUUGGAACUAGGAGUUGCACUGAUCCACAUGGACUAGAUUAUGCUGCACAAUUUUUAGCUAGUUCAUCUGAACCACAACCACCAAUAAAAGAAAAAAGUUUACCAUGGUGGGAUGAGAUGAGGAACUACAUCCAUGGAAAGACUAAUUUAUCAUUUGUGGAAACUCAAUGGUUUAUCCUUGGAACAUCUAACCCUUAUGAAAAACAAAAUAACCUGGAAAUAAUCUCUGCAAAUAUGGAGAUACAACAGAGAGAUGGAUAUGUAGGUCUUUGGGCAAGAGAAUUCCAAGUUUACACAAGCAGUUUAGAGACUCUAACGGACAGUCUCAGUUUAAAAUCUUCAACCCAUAUCUCUAGUCCUUUUCUAGUCGCUUCUUCUUUUCUUGCAGAGGUGCAGAUGGAGUGGGGAUGUGAGUCUGGAAGUCCACUGAAUCAUUAUCUUUUUUCACUUCCUAUUGAAGGAAAACCAAGGAUGAAAGUGUAUGAUCCCUUUCGCUCUACUGCUCUAUCACUAAAGUGGAACUUCUCACUGAAUAACUCACAAAUGAGUGGUAACGGACUUUCUUUCUCAUCUGAUGUUCUGAAUAAUAUAAAAAUAGAUGAACCAUCGUCUGAAUCUUCUCAGAAGAUAGAAACCAACUCUAUAGAUUCCCCAACUAUAAAAUUUUGUGCUCAUGAUCUUGCUUGGUUAAACAAAUUCAGUGUUCUUAAUUAUCUACCUCCUCAUAAAUUAAGGAUGUUCUCACGAUGGCCGCGUUUUGGUGUUCCAAGGAUUGUUAGGUCUGGUAAUUUGUCACUGGACAGAGUUAUGACUGAAUUUUGUCUCCGAAUUGACACUACACCUCUAUGCAUCUGUUAUGCACCUUUGAGAGAUGAUGAUCCUGCUAAUGGAAUGACACUCAAAAUGUCAAAAUUGAAAUAUGAAAUCUGUAUUAGCCGUGGUAGGCAGGAAUUUACUUUUGAUUGCAUGCGUGAACCCCUUGAUCUCGUUUAUCAGGGUUUUGAUAUUCACAUGCUGACAGUUUCUUUAGACCAAAUAAAUGAUAGUUCUGUAACUCAAGAAAUUAUAAUGGGGAUGAGAAGCUCAAGAAAUGAAGCAACAGAUAAGUUUGGUAAUGAAAAUUGCAACUAUGGUUGCAAGGAUAAGACACAAGAUAAUGGAUUUCUUUUGUAUUCUGACUACUUCACUAUACGAAGACAAACUUCAAAGGCAGAUCCAACAAGGUUAUUAGCAUGGCAAGAAAAUGGAAGAAAGGACCUUGAGAUGAACAAUACUAUUUCUGAAAUUGAAAACGGAAUACAAAGCAAUCCUGUGCAAUCUGAUUUUGUUGAUGAUGAAGGAUUUACUGUAGUAGUUGCUGACAACUGCCAACGCGUAUUUGUCUAUGGCCUUAAGCUCUUGUGGACCUUGGAAUAUAGAAAUGCUGUUAUGUCCAUGGUAAAGGGAAUUUCAAAAGCAUUUGAACCUUCGAAGCCUUCUCCUUCUAAGCUGUACUCACAGAGAAAAUUACUUGAGAGUCAGAAAAUAACAGAUGAGACGGAUAUGCCUCAUGAUCCAGAGUUGAAUUCUAUGGCUGAUACAUCUCCUUGUGAAUCUCCCAUUGAAGCACAGAAUGUUAAUAAUCAGGCACAAGAUUCAUCCCUUGUCGAUAAUCAGGCACAAGAUUCAUCUAAUUCCGCAGUGCCUUCUGCUCAAACUGCGAAGCAACAAACUGACACUGACGAGGAGGGUACAUGCCAUUUCAUGGUCAAUGUUAUCCAGCCACAAUUCAAUCUGCACUCAGAAGAAGCCAAGGGUAGGUUUCUACUUGCAGCUGCCAGUGGGCGUGUCUUAGCUCGCUCAUUUCGUUCAAUUGUUCAUGUCGGCCCUGAAAUAAUUGAACAGGCUUUAAGCACCAGCAAUGUGGUGAUUCCUGAUAACGUACCUGAAAUGACAUGGAAAAGAAUGGAGCUGUCUAUGAUGCUUGAGCAUGUUCAAGCUCAUGUAGCACCUACAGAUAUUGAUCCAGGUGCUGGAAUUCAAUGGUUACCUAAAAUUCUCAAAGAUUCACCUAAUGUAAAACGCACUGGUCCUUUACUGGAGAGAGUGUUUAUGCCUUGCCAAAUGUACUUUCAGUACACACAAUAUAAAGGAGGAACACCUGAGCUGAAGGUGAAGCCAUUAAAAGAAUUAACUUUCAACUCCCCUAAUAUUACAUCAGAAAUGACAUCACGACAUUUUCGGAUCAUGCUCGAUGUGUUAACAAAUCUUCUUUUUGCCAGGUCUCCCAAAUUUCCCCCAAACAUUCACUCACUUUCUGAUGACAAGGAAGAUAUUGGAGAUGAAUUUGAUCGGUUAGUUCCUGAUGGCGUGGAAGAGGUAGAUCUUGCAAAGAUCGAUCUUGAGCAAAGGAGAAGGGAACAUAAAUUGCUUCUCAGUGAUGUUAAGGUUCUUGGAGUUACAACUGAUAAAACUGAUGGCACUGAUCCAUCUCCAGACAAAUUUGAUUUGUGGAUGGUAGAAGGUUCAAAGCUAACACUGCUAGAAGAAUUGAAGAAAGAACAGGGAAACAUUCGUAAAGCUAUAAAAGAGGCUUCUUCUGCAUUGAGGCUUGUUUUGCAAGAAGCUGCAGAAAUAAGAUUGCUGGAGAAAGAGAAAAACAAAAGCCCUUCUUGUGCUAUAAGAGUUUAUGUCAGAAUCAAUAAGGUGGUAUGGAGUAUGCUUUCUGAUGACAAACCUUUUGCUGAAGCUGAAAUUAAUGACAUGAUUUAUGAUUUUGAUCGUGAUUACACAGACAUUGGUAUUGCUCAACUCACUACAAAGUCAAUUGUGGUUAAGAACUGUGUGGCAAAUUCCAAAUCGGAUACACUUUUAUCAGCCUGGAAUGCACCUCCAGAAUGGGGCAAGCGAGUUAUGCUUCGUGUCAAUGCAAAACAAGGAGCUCCAAAAGAUGGCAAAUCUAGUAUUGAACAUUUUCAGGUAGAAAUCUAUCCAUUAAGGAUACAUUUGACUGAAACAAUGUAUACUAUGAUGUGGGAGUAUCUUUUCCCUGAAGAAGAACAUGAUUCAUUGAAACGACAAGAGGUCUGGAAAGUUUCAACAACUUCUGGCACAAAACGAGGAAAGAAAACUUCACAAGGAUCUGAAACGGCUGCAUCAAGUAACCAAUCAGCAAAGGAAUCUGAGGCACCUGGAAAAUCAACUGCAAAAUCAUCUUCAGUUACUUCUGGCACUGAAGUUCAGGGUGAUUCGUCUCAAGUGAAAAAAGUGCAAAAUACAAAAUCCAAUACCGCAUCAAAUUCAAAUCCGGAACUUAGACGGACUUCUUCCUUGGGACGAACAUGGGAAGAGACUGUUGCAGAUUCUGUUGCUAAUGAACUUGUUUUGCAAAGUUUGUCUACACAAAGUGGUCUCUUUAAUUCGGCAACAGAAAAUAGGAGCCCACAUGCUGAAGAUUCUAAAAACAAAACAAAAGAUUCCAAGGCACUUAAAUCUGGUAGUCAAAUUACUAAUGAAGAAAAGAAGGUUGUGAAAUCCAAUGAUGACAAGAGAUCUAGACAAAAAAUGCAGGAAUUCCACAAUAUUAAAAUAAGCCAGGUUGAGUUGCUAGUUACAUACGAAGGUUCAAGGAUUGCUUUCAGUGAUUUUAGAUUGCUGAUGGACACUUUUCACCGCGAUGAAUUUACUGGAACAUGGAGGAGACUUUUUGCAAGGAUUAAGAAGCAUAUUGUGUGGGGAGUUUUAAAAUCAGUAGCCGGCAUGCAGGGUAAGAAGUUCAAAGAUAAGACCCAGGGCCAAAAGGAUGCCCAAGCUGCUGCCCUUCCUGUCAAUGAUCCCAACCUCAGUGACAGUGAUGGAGAUCAACAACGUGGAAAGUCUGAUCAAUUUCCGAUGCCAUUCCCCAAGAGAGGAAAUGAUGGAGCUGGUGAUGGAUUUGUGACCUCAAUAAGGGGAUUGUUCAACACUCAGAAAAAGAAGGCAAAAGCAUACGUCCUGAGAACUAUGAGAGGAGAGGAUGACAAUGAACAUGGAGAAUGGAGUGAUGGCGAUGUUGAGCUCAGUCCCUUUGCUAGACAACUAACUAUUGCCAAAACUAAGAAGCUUAUACGCCGACAUUCAAAGAAGUUUGUUCAAUCUACUUCAGGGAAACAUAGCAAAGAACCAAUGUCUCCAAAGGACAUGAUGCUGUUAGAAAGUGAUUCUUCGGGUGAAUUAUCAUAUGGAGAGGACAACUAAUAGCUCACACCAGACGGGAAUCUUGGCUUUUAGCCAAGACUUUUUCAAAAAGCUAGUUUCUCACUCAUAAAUUUUGCGAUUGUGAUGAAUUAGACAAUAACCGUGAAGCAGAUGAUUGAAGAAAUGCAAGCUCAGGAAGAGAUUCUAAGAAGAAUGUAGCCACGGAGAUAAUAACAACCGGAAAGGGUUAUGUACUCCAAGGGUACACAUCAGUUCUUUUUUUUUUUUUUUUAAUUUGUUUCCAAAGUGGCAUCUCAAAUUUUCUUCAUGAUGGUUUUGAUUGAAUUUGUGAAAGAACAUCAUCUGAUAGUUAAUAAAUAAGAGUGUCAUUC